CAGACAAAUCAAGUGAAGCAUCCCCCAGAACGUCCACCCUGCACUACACAGUUUAGCUUCCGCUUUCCAAAACCUCCAUUGUUCUCUCGUUAGAUUUUUAACUAUUAACUUCAGUUCUUCAAUGGUGAAAAACUUCGUGAGAGAGAACAUUCCUCUCUCUCGUUUCGGCGUGUUAGUAGCACAACUAGAAUCCAUUGUCGCUUCUUCCUCACAAAAAUCCCCCGACCCUCUCCUAUGUUUCGAUCUCCUCUCCGAUCUCAUUUCCGCCAUUGAUGAAGAGCCCAAGGAGUCUAUUUCCUUGUGGCAAAGAAAAUGCGAGGAUGCGUUGUAUUCAUUGCUCAUUCUUGGUGCACGACGGCCUGUGCGUCAUUUGGCGUCGUUAGCUAUGGCGAGGAUUAUAUCUAGAGGCGAUGCUAUUUCUAUUUACUCCAGAGUGAGUACACUCCAAGGAUUUCUUUCCGAUGGGAAGAGAAGUGAAUCGCAGAAAGUUGCUGGUGCUACACAAUGCUUGGGAGAAUUAUAUCGGCAUUUUGGAAGAAGAAUUACAUCGGGUUUGCUAGAGACAACUAUCAUUGCAACCAAACUUAUGAAGUUCAAUGAGGACUUUGUGAGACAAGAAGCUUUGCUCAUGCUUCAAAAAGCUUUGGAAGGCUGUGGUGGUACUGCUGCGUCCUCAGCAUAUACUGAAGCAUUCCGUCUCAUCACACGUUUUGCAAUUGGGGAUAAGUCAUUUAUUGUUAGAAUAGCUGCUGCACGUUGUCUGAAGGCAUUUGCCAACAUUGGAGGGCCUGGUUUGGGAGUUGGGGAACUUGAGAAUUCAGCAUCUUAUUGUGUCAGGGCCCUUGAGGAUCCUGUAUCAUCAGUCAGAGAUGCAUUUGCUGAAGCUUUGGGUUUGUUGCUAGCUCUAGGAAUGAAUCCAGAGGCACAGGUUCAACCCAAGGGAAAAGGUCCUUUUCCUCCAGCAAAGAAACUGGAAGAUGGUCUGCAGAGGCAUUUUGCUUUGCCCUUCACAAAAGCAAGUGGAAUUCGGUUGAAGGAACUAAGAAUUGGAAUAACCUUAUCUUGGGUGUCCUUUCUACAGGCUAUUCGUCUGAAGUAUCUACAUCCAGACAGUGAGCUGCAAAACUAUGUUCCACAGGUUAUGGAAAUGCUUCAUGUAGAUGAUUCUGUUGAUGCACAUGCACUGGCAUGCAUUCUAUAUAUAUUGCGGGUUGGCAUUACAGAUCAGAUGAGCGAACCUACUCAAAGAGGCUUUUUGGUUUUCCUGGGGAAGCAGCUUGAAUCUACUGAUGCCACUCCUUCCAUGAAAAUUGCUGCUUUACGCACUUUGUCAUACACCUUAAAAACAUUGGGUGAGGUUCCAUCAGAAUUCAAGGAAGUCAUUGAUGACACAGUUGUUGCUGCGGUAUCUCAUUCUUCACAACUUGUGCGCAUUGAGGCUGCCUUAACAUUGCGUGUGUUGGCUGAGGUUGAUCCUACUUGUGUUGGUGGCUUGAUUUCCUAUGGAGUAACUACUCUAAGUGCUUUGAGAGAGAAUGUUUCUUAUGGGAAGGGAAGCAAUUUGCAAAUUGAACUUGAUGCUUUGCAUGGACAAGCUACAGUGUUGGCAGCCUUGGUGUCUGUUUCACCCAAAUUACCUCUUGGUUAUCCAGCUAGAUUGCCCAGAUCAGUGCUUGAAGUUUCAAAGAAAAUGCUAACAGAAUCUAGUCGGAACCCUAUGGCUGCAACAGUUGAGAAAGAAGCUGGAUGGCUUCUUCUGUCCUCUCUAUUAUCUUCUAUGCCAAAGGAGGAGCUAGAAGAUCAGGUCUUUGAUAUACUUUCGUUAUGGGCCCCUCUCUUUGGUGGAAAUCCAGAACAGGAAAUCAAGCAAAUUGGAGAUUUGGUCCCAAGGAUUUGUGUGUGGUCUGCUGCUGUUGAUGCAAUUACAGCAUUUAUAAAAUGCUUUAUUUUGUACAAUGCUGUGAACAACGGAAUCCUACUUCAACCGGUGAUGGUCUACCUCAGUAGUGCUCUGUCCUAUAUACUGCACCUACAAAGCAAAGAACUACCAAAUAUUAAGCCAGCAAUUGACAUAUUCAUCAUCAGAACGCUAAUGGCUUAUCAGUCACUACCAGAUCCAAUGGCUUAUAAAAGUGACCAUCCCCGGAUUAUCCAAUUAUGUACGGUUCCGUAUAGGGAUGCUCCUAGAUGUGAGGAAAGCUCAUGCUUGAGAUUGCUGCUUGAUAAAAGAGAUGCAUGGUUGGGUCCUUGGAUUCCUGGAAGAGAUUGGUUUGAAGAUGAACUUCGUGCUUUCCAAGGUGGAAAGGAUGGCCUUGUGCCUUGUGUAUGGGAGAAUGAAUCUUCAAGUUUUCCUCAGCCGGAAACAAUAAACAAGACAUUGGUGAAUCAGAUGCUUCUCUGCUUUGGCAUCAUGUUUGCUUCUCAGGAUAGCGGAGGGAUGCUUCUGCUUCUUGGAAUGGUUGAGCAGUGUCUAAAAGCUGGAAAAAAGCAAACAUGGCAUGCAGCCAGUUUUACGAAUAUAUGUGUUGGAUUACUCGCUGGGUUGAAGGCUUUGAUUGCUUCUCGUCCUCAACCUUUAGGAUCCGAGAUAUUAAAUCCAGCACAGGCUAUAUUUCAGAGUAUUCUGGCAGAGGGUGACAUCUGUGCAUCUCAACGUAGAGCAUCAUCGGAAGGUCUUGGUCUUUUAGCUCGCCUUGGGAAUGAUAUUUUUACAGCCAGAAUGACUAGGUCGCUUCUUGGUGACCUUAAUGCGGCAACAGAUUCGAAUUAUGCUGGAUCAAUUGCUUUUGCACUUGGGUGCAUUCAUCGCAGUGCAGGAGGAAUGGCAUUGUCAAGUUUGGUGCCUUCGACUGUGAGCUUAAUAUCAUCGUUGGCUAAAAGUACAAUUGCUGGUUUACAGAUCUGGUCUUUGCAUGGUCUUCUUUUGACCAUUGAAGCUGCUGGUUUCUCAUAUGUAUCUCAUGUCCAGGCGACACUUCUCCUUGCUAUGGACAUUCUUUUGGCUGAAGAGAAUGGAUUAGUGGACCUUCAGCAAGGAGUGAGCCGCCUUAUAAAUGCUAUUGUUGCUGUACUGGGUCCUGAACUUGCCCCUGGCAGCAUUUUCUUUUCACGAUGCAAGUCUGUCAUUGCAGAGAUAAGCUCCUGGCAAGAAACUGCAACCUUGCUCGAGAGUGUCCGUUUUACUCAACAACUUGUUCUUUUUGCCCCACAAGCUGUUUCUGUGCAUUCUCAUGUGCAAAUUCUUAUCUCGACUUUGUCCUCAAGACAGCCAACUUUACGGCACCUUGCUGUCUCCACGCUACGACAUCUUAUUGAGAAGGAUCCGGUUUCUGUCAUUGAUGAGAAAAUAGAGGAUAACUUGUUUCACAUGCUAGACGAAGAAACUGAUUCUGAGAUUGGUAAUCUGAUACGUGCUACAAUUAUGCGAUUGCUGUUUGCAUCAUGCCCUUCACGUCCAUCUCACUGGAUAUUGAUAUGUCAUAAAAUGGUUCUCGCUACAUCAGUAGGACGUGAUGCUGAAGCCAAUAAUGACACUGCAAAUCAUCAUCUUAAUCGUCCAGACAGUGACUCUAGUUUGAACUUUGGAGAAGAUGAUGAAAAUAUGGUCUCUGGCUCUAAGGGCAUGCCGGUGCAAGAUUAUGCUUAUGAAGCUUCCACUGUUAAUCCUAGCAGAGAUAAGCACCUAAGAUAUCGAACAAGAGUUUUUGCUGCUGAGUGUUUGAGUCAUGUACCUACUGCUGUGGGUACAAAUCCAGCUCACUUUGACCUCUCUUUGGCAAGAAAAAGACAAGCAGGAGUAAUUUCUGGAGAUUGGCUGGUCCUCCAUGUACAAGAGCUUAUUUCAUUGGCUUAUCAGAUAAGCACGAUUCAGUUUGAAAACAUGCGACCAAUCGGUGUGGAGCUGCUUAGCACCAUUGUGGAUAAGUUUGAAACAACACCUGAUCCAGAGCUUCCGGGACACCUUCUUCUUGAACAGUACCAGGCUCAACUAAUAUCUGCUAUUCGAACCGCAUUAGAUGCAUCCUCUGGACCUAUUCUUCUGGAGGCAGGGUUGCAGUUGGCUACUAAGAUAAUGACAAGUGGAGUUCUGGGUGGUGAUCAAGUUGCAGUUAAACGCAUAUUUUCAUUAAUUAGUCGGCCACUGAAUGAGUUUAAAGAUGUUUAUUAUCCUUCAUUUGCAGAAUGGGUCUCUUGCAAGAUCAAGAUAAGACUUCUGGCUGCUCAUGCCUCUCUCAAAUGUUACACAUUCGCAUUCUUGAGGAGACAUCACAGUGGAGUUCCAGAUGAGUACCUUGCGUUAUUACCUUUGUUCUCAAAGAGUUCAAGUACUCUGGGGAAGUACUGGAUUGGUGUUCUUAAGGACUAUAGUUAUAUUUGCUUGCGAUUGAAUCUCAAGAAAAAUUGGAAGCCACUCCUUGAUGGAAUUCAAUCGCCUCUAGUUUCGUCAAGAUUGCUUCCUAGUUUAGAAGAAGCUUGGCCAGUGAUUUUGCAAGCACUUGCAUUGGAUGCAAUUCCUUCAAAUGUAGAUGGGAGUUUUAAGAUAGCUGUUGAAAAUGCAUCGAGAAAUAGUUUAAUAUCUGGUUAUAGCAUGGUUGAAUUGGAAUUGGAGGAAUAUCAAUUUCUAUGGGGUUUUGCUCUGCUUGUUCUAUUUCAGCAACAACACCCAGCAAUAAAUAAACAAAUAAUACCGUUAAGCACCGCUAAAGUUCAAUAUGGUGGAGAUUCACCAAUUGAAGAAGCAAAUCCUAUAGUAUUGAAAUCAUAUGAAAUUGUGCUACCUGUUUUCCAGUUCCUAUCAUCAGAGAGAUUUUUCACUGCUGAAUUUCUCACCACAGAUGUUUGCCAAGAGCUGCUGCAGGUUUUCUCAUAUUGCAUGUACAUGGAUAAUUCUUGGAAUAGUCUUGCCAUAUCGGUUCUAUCACAGAUUGUGAAGAAUUGCCCUGAUGACUUUCUUGAAGCUGAAAAUUUCAGUUAUCUGGCUGUAGAGCUUCUCAUGGCUUAUAUCUUCAAUGUUUUACAGAGCACUGAUGUAUCUGAUCACCCCAACUGGGAGGACUUGGUAUCUCCACUAUUUAUCACUGCGAUGACAAUUGUGCAGCGUUUUGAGCCAACGAUACAGAAGAAAUUAAAGUCUCUCGUGUUGGCCUUUCUGUUAGUUGGUUACAAGUGCAUCUGUGAAGCUUCAAGUGAAGUAUGCUUUUCAAUAGUUAAUGAUUUUGUAAGGUGCAUCAGCCCCUUGAUGAAGGAAUUUACUGAUGGUGAGAACUUCUUGUUGCGAGUUCAUUCUUUGCUGACUAAUUAUUCUGCGGAACAUGGAAAUGAUCGCAAUUCCCAUCUAAGAGCAAUCCUUGGAAGCUGCCUGAAUUUGAUUGCUGACUUGAUUGAGGACUGUAUGAAGGGCAUUCAUUUUCUGGACAAUAAAAGAUCCAACUUACAGAAGCUGCUGCAAUUAAAGCUUUCUUUCUCUCUGGAACAAACAAUGUCAUUGGCCAAGUUAGCUUGUCAAAUUAAAUGUGCUGCAGAAACCGAAAGUAGUAACUCCUUCUGUUUUACUAUGUUCAAAUGCUUCUGUAGAAAUUUCCAAAUCAUGCUAUCUGACUCAAAUCUACAAGUUCAAGCAACUGGAUUGCAAGUGCUCAAGACUACACUACAACAGAGCACUAACAUAGAAGACAUUAAUUUCAUCAUAUUCUUUUGUGGAGAGCUUGUUACAGAUUUCUUAACCAUGAUUCAGACUUUGUUGAAGAAACCUGUGAGCAAAGAAUCGGUGGCUGUUGCUGGUGAGUGCUUGAGAUUCCUAGCACUUCUGCAAACGCUUUCCAAAGAUUCUGAAUGUCAGAGAGGUUUUAUGUGUCUGCUUCUCAAUGCCAUUCUCAUGGUCUUCUUCGCGUCAGAGGAUAAUUCUUCACAGGAGGUCAUUGAUUUAAGAAGCACUGCUGUAAGGCUUCUUUCUCAUCUUGCUCAAGUUCCUUCCUUAGCAGUUCACUUCAAGGAUGUCUUGUUAUCAAUGCCCACGGCACAUAGGCAGCAACUUCAGGGGGUCAUUCGUGCCUCAGUAGUUCAAGAUCACAAUGUGAUGUCAGCAAAACCUACAACACCUUUAGAAAUAAAAUUACCAGUGCCAAAAGAUACCCGACCAUUGCCCGCCCCUACACUGCCAAUAGAGGAUGUUAGAGAGAGAAAUUCUGCCACAUCAGCAGCUUCUGUUAACUCUGAUAAUGACAAUAUAAAUGAGGAACAAGAUGAUGAAGAUGACUGGGAUGCUUUUCAGUCUUUCCCUGCCUCUACAAAUGCAACUGGAAAGGGUUCUGAAGCUCAGAGUGAUGCAGAAGAACGUGAACUGGUUGAAAAAUCUUUGGAAAUCAAAUCAGGAAUCGAUGACAAUCAGGAGUUCUCUACAUCACAGCCUAUAAAAGAUGAUUCAGAGGUAGGGGAGCAUCUAGAAGCUGGCAAUAUGGAAGUAAUUUCUGUUAUCCCUGCGGAUGAUGACAAUAUGGAAGGACCCCAUGAUUUACAAUUUACGAAUGAUGUCUCUGCGCUGUCAAAGGAUAAACAUCAUAAAAGAGAGGAGGAAGUGGAGCCAAUCCAAGAGAGUGAAAGGGGAACAGAAUCAAGCCAAGGAAAUAUUAGGAUCUCAUCUGAUCUUCAAUUUAUUGGAGAUUUAGAAGGUUCGAAUCGAGUGAAUUUAGCGGAUGAUAAUGAAGAGAGAAAGGGGAACUUAGGUGAUGAUAAUGAUCUUCAACCUGUUGAAGGCAGGGGAUCAGUUGAAGUGAGCAUAGAUGAGGAUUGAUUCUUUGGAUAUUAAAAAUGAUUUUCCAGUAACAUCUGAUGCAUCCCCAGCAAAACCUUCCAAUAGUGAAAGCUAGCAGGAAGCUAGAUUAGUAGGCCUAGAGGGAAAAACACAUUGGAAUCAAAGAUGCAGAAAACAAAACAAUGCAUGAGAAUUAGAGCAAUCAAACUGGUGUCAAUUUGAAAAAAUCAUUAAAAGGUCAAGAAAAGGGAGAAAUAGACAUUGAAACUAUUAGAGAACAGCAUAAUGAAGCUGACGAGCAUAUGAUAGACUGAAUAGUUGCUGAAAACUAGAGCAAUGAUCGACAACAGUAGAGACCGACUGUUUUCAGUUUGCCAAAAUAGCCAAGUCGCCCUUAAACUAGAACCAGUUUUGUUAGAUAGAGCGCGUAUUUUCCUUGUAAGAUAAAUUCAUUUCUAAACACAAAUAUUUACUUGUAGCGUAAUGUUUUUUUUUUUUUUUGCAGCGUGUACAUUUCCAUAUUAUAAUGUUUUUUUUUUUUUUUUAAAUCAUCAAAGAGCGAUUAAUUGUUAUUCAGGCAGUUUAUAUUGUUGGUUA